UGGUGGUAGGAAGAAGAAGAAUAAAAGUAAAGUAAAAUUCUUACCAAGCUAUUCAAUUUUAUUUCCAACAACAUGAUUUAAAGUUUUGCACACAUAUAUAAAUAUUACAAAGAAAAACAAAAACAAAGGCCACUAUUAUUGAACAAGGAUUCCUGUUAUUCUCUUCUUACUCACUUUCCUUUCCAAAAAGUUGGUAUGAAAGAAAGAAGCCAGGCUGAUUACAUACACUUAUACAUAUAAAUAUAUAUUUAACCACCCAGAUCAUCUUUUUUCUUGCUAAGCUUUUUCUUGGUGAAGGCAGUCAGGCUUUCUGGUAGCCUUAUUUUUCACUCUAAGCCUCUAAGGUUAAUAUAGUAAUGCUACGAACAUGGGAAGGAAAGGGAGUUGGUUUUCUGCUAUCAAAAGGGUUUUCGUCCCCAACUCCAAGGAGAAACUAGAAAAAGGAUCAGAGAAAAGAAGUUCCAAGGAAAAGAAGGGACGGGGAAUAUUGAAGCAUGCAGAAACCAAAUCGUUUAUUCCUCUCUUUAGAGAGCCAAGCAGUAUUGAAAAAAUAUUGGGUGAAGUAGACCAACAGCAACUACAAUUUCGGCCUCCCACGCCUUAUGAGCUACCGAAACCACCGCCUUCAUUACCUGCAAGGCCAGCUUCUCCAAGGAGUGCGUCUUUGCGGGUUACUUCGCCCAGAAAUGCUUCUCAAAGGAUCACUUCUCCUAGGGCAGCUACCUCUCGAAGGGUCACCUCCCCGAGGGCUGCUUCUCCAAGUGUCACGUCACCUAGAGCUGCUACUCCAAGGGCUGCUUCCCCCAGAGGUUAUCGCCCUAGACCAGAACCAACUCUAAGAAACCAUCAUCUUUCCGCCACCAAGAUCCAAGCAGCUUAUAGAGGUUAUAUGGCAAGGAGAAGCUUUCGAGCUUUGAGGGGACUUGUAAGACUUCAAGGGGUUGUAAGAGGACAGAAUGUGAAACGUCAGACAAGUAAUGCCAUGAAACAUAUGCAGCUCCUUGUUAGGGUUCAAACUCAAAUUCAGUCACGAAGGAUCCAAAUGCUAGAGAACCAGGCAAUCCAACGCCAAGCCAACAAGAAUGAGAGGGAAACAGAGAGUACCUUGGGCAAAUGGAAUUCUGAGGCAGGUGACAAUGAAAACUGGGAUGAUAGCUUGCUAACAAAAGAGGAAGUAGAGGCAAGAAUGCAGAAAAAGGUGGAGGCCAUCGUCAAGAGAGAGAGGGCUAUGGCAUAUGCAUAUUCCCACCAGCUGUGGAAAGGCAAUUCGAAGCCCGGUCAAUCACCUCCAGGAGAUAUUGUAUCAGGUGGAUUCCCCUGGUGGUGGACCUGGUUGGAACGUCAGGCCCCUUCCUCGAAACCACCAGAAAAUCAAACCAUGAAGACUUUCCUUCAAGCACCUAUGAGGAUGACCCCUGAGCACAAGCCAAGCCCGCGAUCACAUACCAGUAACUACAAGCCACAGAAUUUUGGCUACGACAAUCUUGAGACGCCCACACCUAAAUCAUCAAGAUCAGCUGCACCUGUGCGAACAAGGCAAAUGUUUACCCCUACUAGAACCCCACCAUCAACCAGCUCCAACAUGACGAAGUAUUCAAGAUCAAGAAAUUUUGCUGCUAAUUCACCUUACGAUGUUCCACUAAAAGACGAUGACAGCUUGGUAAGCUGCCCGCCGUUUUCUGUUCCAAACUACAUGUCUCCAACUGUUUCAGCAAUAGCGAAAGUAAGACCAACUAGCAACCUGAAGGACAGUGCACCAGGGACUCCCGGAAGCCAGACGUCGAAGAGGAGGUUUUCAUUUCCUCUGGCACCAAGCAUGGGCUCUUUCAAGUGGAAUAAAGGGUCUAGCAAGGAUUCAGCUAGUCAGAAGGUGAUGGAGAAGCCCCGAGCUCCGCCAUCAAUAGGGGAUCGAAGUGUGGAUUCAACAGUGUCUAUGCCUGCUGCAUUUGGGAGGAAGCCAUUUAACAGAUUUGUGUGAUUGAUUUUUACUUGUUUUUUUUUUUUUUAAUAUUUCUCUUGGAAAAUACCACUUCUUGGCUCGUGGGUUAUGAUUUCACUUUCUUAUUGUA